UUGUGAAGGACUGACAACUCUUGGGGUUCCACAAAAAAUCAGGAGUCACCCAGACUCUUUUCGUCCCCUUUUCUGCUAUCAGCCAUGCGUGAUGACGGCUGAUCAGAUGGAGAAUCUCUUCAGCAUCCGCCUGUCCCCAGAGGGGAGCAACAAGAGAGCUGCUGAGGAAACAGUUGUCACAUUCUGGAGAGACUAUCUCCUGGAUGCUGAAGAAGAAGAAGGGCCAUCCAAACUGCAGAAGAUCUUGGCUUUUGCAACUGGAGCCUCUGUUGUGCCAGCCAUCGGCUUUUCCCCAACUCCUUCAGUGCAGUUCAUGCACAAUGAAGAUGAUGACUUUUUCUCAUCAAUGUUUCCUAUGGCAAACACGUGUGUAAACUGCAUCAAGUUGCCACUGCAUACAUCAUACCAGCUCUCAGGGAGAAGUUUGAUUUUGCUCUAGGGAACACACAUGGAUUUGGAAGAGCAUAAACAGGCCUGCGCUAACAAUUAGUUUGUGUCCAUCUAUUUCUGGUUGCAAUAGUUGAGUUGCACAGUGUUUUGAAAAGUGCUAAAUGACAGUCGUUUUAAUUUUUUACAUUGUGCUGUCUUGUUUUUGUCAUAACAAGUUAUUAAAUACUUUUAAAAAAGUCAGCUUAUAUGUGUUUUUAAAUAUUUACAUUGGAAUUCUCAUCUU